AUGCAUCUUGCACCAAGAUCAUCAAACUUUGUUAAUGGUGUGCUAAACUUCUUGAAGUUUGCAUUUGAGAGAACAAGUGUCAACGGGGGGAUGAUAAAGUGUCCAUGUACAAACUGUAUAAACAUGGAAUAUCAGAAUAGACAAAUUGUUCUAGAUCACCUCAUAUGUUCAGGGUUCUGUCCAAACUACUUGAAAUGGGUAUAUCAUGGGGAGGACACAACAGUUGCAUCAACAAGCACAAGCCAUAACGAAGAAGAAAGCAUAUUUCACCAUGAAAUGCAUGAAAUGUUGAAUGAUAUUUUGAGAUGGAAGGUGGAAGGGGAGAGGAAAUACAUGAGAAUGCCUUAA